AUGCCGGAUAUGCUCUCGCGACUCUUCGAGAGAGAGGUCCACCUAGAAUCAGGCCAACGGAUGAAGCUGGUCGAUGCUCUCCAUGGUGGUCCUGGUAACACUGGUGACUUCCCCGAGAUCUUCUCAGAGCCGGAAGCUGAAGGAGUAGGCCUGUCUUGGAUCAUGAGAUCUGAGGGGGCGGAGCUGAUGGAUGAAGAUGCUCAUGAUGUGGACAUUUACACUCUUUUGAGUGCUAUGCCUUCUACAGAGAGUUUCCUUGCCUGUUGUGCAGCCGAUUCCGCUGCCGAUGAACAACAGCCGAAGCCAUUUAUCGAGACUCUAUGUGGUUGCAAUUGGGAUGUGAAUGGCGUCCUUACCGAUUUCCUCUUCCUGCACAGAGUUUUCAAUGCUCUGAGGCCGUCUGCGAAGAGAGUUGAGGAUGUCCGACUCGAGGCCGAUAAUGUCAACUACCUUGUGAGAUCUCUGCAGCAGCAGAUGAAGCCUCCUUUUCUGUCGUGUGCCGGCCCGUACGUACACGAUGAGACCGCAGGGGUGUAUUGUUUCCGAAACGGCUCUGCAGACGGUGGUUGUACCUACUUGCCUGUUAUCCCGAAGGAUGAGUGUUGUCGUGCGUUUCGAGCAAAGAUCUGUCUCGACUCGCACCGGCUGAGCAAACACGGAAAUGUCCGCUCGACUGUGGCAUCUGUGUAUGAUCGGUUCUACUUGCCUCGCCUACGUAUGGAUGUUCGCGCCUUGGUAAAGCACUGUUUCGUUUGUCAGCUCAUCCGAGCUCGUCGUACGUGGACUCAGCCACCGGGUGCUGGACCUCAUCGCACCCAAGCCACAGCGUGGGAACCGUACCACGAUGUGUUCGUCGACGUCCUGAGCCUUGGAGAUAUCAAAGGUUGGUCCGGGACGACCAAGGUGCUUACCGUCUACUGUCUCCAUACCUUCCACUCCACUUGGGUUCCGACUGGCGAGACCACGAUAGACGUCUUGAAUUCUCUCGUCCGAGUGCAGACUGAACAAGGCGGGUUGAGAAGAUUGUGGUGUGAUAAUGCUGCUUACUUCCGCAGUGCACGUUUCCCCAAAGAGGUUUCUCGCCUGUUGAAUGGGACGGUUUCAUUGCUGCCAGUGCGAUCUCCAUGGCGUAGUGGUGGCGGUGAACGUGCUCAUGGUAUUGGCAUAAAGAUCGCAAAGACGCUUCUGAGGAGCCAAGCGGGAUUUGUGGGACGACGACGUCCGCGACGCAAGGACGAUGUCGAUUUGGAGAGUAUCUGCAGGGAGGUAACGUUCCUGAUGAAUACUCGUCCGUUGGAUUAUGCUAACUCUGACGAGCCAUCUGGCGAGUUUGUCGUGGUUACGCCUGAUCAAUUGGCUCGUGGAUUUACUCGUAAGCGAGGUUGCGUCCUCGCUGGUGGCUCUUCUACUCUUCCUAUUUCUCACCGCGUUAGAGCAGUGCGGUGUUAUUUCCUGAAUGAGAUGUUCCGCGACAUGAGGAUGGCUGUCGCUCGCUCUAUGGGGUACCAGAGCUUGAAGAACAAGAUCCUGAAGCCUACGAUUGGUGACCCAGUGCUGAUCUACCAUCCGGAAAAGAAGCUGAGCCCCGGAUACCGUUUGGGUCAUGUGAAGGAUCUGCUAGAUGAAGGUAGAAGGAUCCGUAUUGUCUUAACUGACGGUAGCGUUGUUGAUCAUCAUCACUAUAAUGUUGUGCCGAUUCUGCAUCACCCUCAAUUGUCGGGGCAGAGGGGGCGUAUUGAGGAUUGACGAGCCCGGUCUUGCUUUGUUCGUGCGUGCAGUCCUGUGUACGUGCGUGCCCCGCAAUUGAUGGUGUUUUUUCCCUGAGCCAUUAUAUUA